AUUUCUCUUGUCGAAACAAUCUCACCCCCGGCCCCUGUAAUCCUCGUGUAUUGUCUUCAAAACCAAACCCUACCCCCAAAUUAAUCAAUUCAAUUGAAUCAAUCUCAAACCCUAGCCCUAGCUCUAAUGGACUCUCAAUCAAACAACCUAUACGACACCGCAUCUCAACCCGACAUCGGCAACGAUGCCUACACUUUCCUCGAGUUCAAUACCCACGCCGAUGAUGACGACUUCGAUUACCCCGAAUUUCACGAGCUCUCCCAGCCAAUCCGCGGCUCCGCGUGGCCCACACCUUCCGACUCCGUUGCCGAAGCGAAUUUGUCGGACCAUCACUCCGACGCCUCGCCGGGCUCCGGGAACGGCGGGAAGAGUAGAGGAGGCGGGAGUAGUAAUCAGGCGGCGGUGGAGGCGAUAGCGGCGGGGAUGAGUGGAUUGACGUUUGAGGAGACUGGUGAUGAUGAUAGUUAUGAGUUUGGGAAAGGCGAUUUUACGGAGCACGCGUGUCGUUAUUGUGGAGUGCAGAAUCCGGCGUGUGUUGUUAGGUGUAAUGUGCCUUCUUGUAGGAAGUGGUUUUGUAAUUCGAGAGGGAGUACCUCGGGGUCGCAUAUCGUCAAUCAUCUGGUGCGGGCAAAACAUAAAGAAGUUUGUCUUCAUAAAGACAGUCCAUUGGGAGAGACAAUUUUAGAGUGUUACAAUUGUGGAUGUCGAAAUGUGUUUCUUCUAGGUUUCAUUUCCGCCAAAGCAGAGAGUGUUGUUGUUCUACUUUGCAGGGAGCCCUGUCUUAAUGUUAAUGCAUUGAAGGACAUGAAUUGGGACUUGAGUCAAUGGUGCCCACUUAUUGAUGACCGAUGUUUCCUACAGUGGCUUGUUAAGGUACCCUCUGAACAGGAGCAGUUGAGAGCACGGCAGAUAAGUGCUCAACAGAUUAAUAAGGUAGAAGAACUUUGGAAGUCUAAUCCUGAUGCUACUCUGGAAGAUCUUGAGAAGCCUGGUGUUGAUGAUGAACCGCAACCUGUUGCUUUGAAGUAUGAGGACGCAUAUCAGUAUCAAAAUGUCUUCGCGCCACUGAUUAAGCUAGAAGCUGAUUAUGAUAAAAUGAUGAAAGAAUCUCAAAGCAAAGACAAUCUCACUAUACGGUGGGAUAUUGGUUUAAACAAGAAACGUAUAGCAUACUUCGUGUUUCCGAAGGAAGAUAAUGAAUUGCGCCUUGUUCCUGGGGACGAGUUACGACUGCGUUAUUCAGGUGAUGCUGCUCAUCCAGCUUGGCAGUCAGUGGGUCAUGUGGUAAAGUUGACAGCACAAGAGGAGGUGGCUCUUGAACUCCGAGCAAGUCAGGGAGUUCCUGUCGAUGUGAACCACGGGUUUAGUGUUGAUUUUGUUUGGAAGAGCACAAGUUUUGAUAGGAUGCAGGGUGCAAUGAAAACUUUUGCUGUGGAUGAAACAAGUGUUAGCGGGUACAUUUAUCACCAUUUGUUAGGUCAUGAAGUUGAGGUUCAAAUGGUUCGUAAUGCCCUGCCUCGUCGUUUUGGCGCUCCAGGACUUCCGGAACUUAAUGCUUCUCAAGUUUUUGCUGUUAAGAGUGUACUUCAAAAGCCAAUAAGUUUGAUUCAAGGUCCACCUGGCACAGGGAAAACUGUCACUUCUGCAGCAAUUGUUUAUCAUAUGGCCAAACAAGGGCAGGGGCAGGUCUUGGUUUGUGCCCCAAGUAAUGUGGCUGUGGACCAAUUGGCGGAGAAGAUAAGUGCUACUGGCUUAAAGGUUGUUAGGCUUUGUGCAAAAUCGAGGGAAGCUGUAAGUUCUCCUGUUGAGCAUCUAACCCUUCAUUAUCAGGUCAGGCAUCUGGAUACCUCUGAAAAGAGUGAACUUCACAAGUUACAACAACUGAAAGAUGAGCAAGGAGAACUGUCCAGCAGUGAUGAGAAAAAAUAUAAGGCUCUAAAGCGGGCAACAGAGAGAGAAAUUUCUCAAAGUGCUGAUGUCAUAUGCUGUACCUGUGUUGGUGCUGGUGAUCCUAGAUUAUCAAAUUUUCGAUUCCGGCAGGUCCUAAUUGACGAGUCUACGCAAUCAACUGAGCCAGAGUGUUUGAUUCCAUUGGUUCUUGGAGUAAAGCAGGUUGUUCUUGUUGGUGAUCAUUGCCAACUUGGUCCUGUCAUAAUGUGCAAAAAAGCAGCUCGUGCUGGACUUGCACAGUCUUUGUUUGAGCGUCUGGUGCUACUAGGUGUAAAACCAAUCAGAUUGCAGGUUCAAUACCGUAUGCAUCCAUCCCUUUCUGAAUUUCCGUCGAAUAGCUUCUAUGAAGGUACCCUUCAGAAUGGAGUCACAAUAAAUGAAAGGCAAUCGACAGGCAUUGAUUUCCCCUGGCCUGUACCAAAUCGGCCUAUGUUCUUUUACGUGCAGAUGGGACAAGAGGAGAUAAGCGCUAGCGGGACUUCCUAUCUGAACAGGACUGAAGCUGCAAAUGUUGAAAAAAUUGUGACAACUUUUUUGAAGAGUGGUGUAAUUCCUAGUCAGAUAGGAGUGAUAACACCGUAUGAAGGCCAGCGCGCAUACAUUGUCAACUACAUGUCAAGAAAUGGUGCUUUAAGACAGCAACUUUACAAAGAAAUUGAGGUGGCUAGUGUAGAUUCUUUUCAAGGGAGGGAAAAGGAUUAUAUUAUAUUAUCAUGUGUGAGAAGUAAUGAACAUCAGGGUAUCGGAUUUCUUAAUGAUCCACGAAGGCUUAAUGUUGCCCUCACUCGUGCCCGUUACGGCAUUGUCAUCCUGGGCAAUCCAAAAGUUCUUAGCAAACAACCACUUUGGAAUGGCUUGCUGACACAUUAUAAGGAGCAUGAGUGUUUGGUGGAAGGACCUUUAAAUAAUUUGAAGCAGAGCAUGGUGCAGUUUCAAAAGCCUAAAAAGAUUUACAAUGAUCGGAGACUUUUCUUUGGCGGUGGACCUGGAAUGAUGCCUAAUGAUAGUUUUGGAUCUGCAGAUGCUGAGAGGAGAAAUAGCCGUUCUAGGGGCUCUUUCAUGCCUCCUGGCCCACCCAAUGGCACGCAUAAACCCGGUCUGCAUCCAGCUGGUUAUCCCAUGCCUCGUGUUCCGAUUACACCUUAUCAUGGGGGCCCUCCACAGCCAUAUGCUAUUCCUGCCCGUGGUGCUGUACAUGGACCUGUUGGAGCUGUUCCUCAUCUUCCUCAGCAGGGAAGUCGAGGUUUUGGUGCUGGACGUGGCAGUGCUGGCGCUCCCAUAGGCAAUCAUCUUCCACACCAACAAGGCUCUCAGCAAGCUGUUGGGAGUGUUGGGUCUAAUUUCAAUUAUCCUACAUUGGAGGGUCCAAGUAGCCAGCCAUCUCCCGGUGGUCCAUUGUCGCAACCUAGUUAUGUUUCUAAUAUGACUGUUCAACCAAACCAAUCAUUUCGGGACGGGUUCUCUGUUGGCGGAAUGUCUCAGGAUUUCUUGGGAGAUGAUUUUAAAAGCCAGGGGUCACAUGUUCCAUAUAAUGUGGCCGAUUUCUCUACUCAGGCUUCUCAAAGUGGAUAUACUGUUGAUUAUGCAACACAGGGAGGACAAGGUGCGUUUCCGAGUAGCUUCCUGAAUCAGAAUUCUCAAGCAGGAUAUUCUCGCUUUGGUUCAGGCAAUGAGUUCAUGUCUCAGGAUUACCUGGCCCAUGGUUCACAGGGCCUCUUUACGCAGGCUGGAUUCAGUGAUCCUUCACAAGAAGAUGUUUCACAUAGCCACUUUGGCUUGGGCAAUGCUAGUCAACUUCAAUCUCAGGCACUGUUGAAUCCUCUUUAUUCCCAGACUUUCACCAACUACAAUACACAGCCGCAUAACAUGCAAGCUCCACAACCGCAACAAGGCCAACCUGGACAAGGGUCCCAAAAUCAGAAAAAUCAGUAUAGUAGUUGAGUUCUUGGGGCUUCUAUAAAUGGGUUAUAGUCUUUGCCUCAGAAACGUAAAAUGUUCUGCCAUCUCUGGUAAGUUCUGCCUGCUAUAAGAUGCUGAUUUUGUCCACGAAUAAUUAAGGCUGGGUUGAGAAAGUGGCCAUUUGCUAGUCAUUUCUGAGUUACAGGAAUUAGAUUGCCCCCAGAACACGAACUAAUGAAAACAUGGACGGGCACAUUAACGGCUGAGGAAGAGGAGGAUAACCCAGUAUCUUGUUGAAAUUUUGAAGUUUUGGAUGGAAGUGAGAGUUGUUCAACUGGAAAAGCAUUUACAUGUCAUGGCUUUGUUAGAAGGGUUUGGCUAACGAAAAAGCAGAGCUGAACACUAGUUAACAAGGGAACUCGUCACUGUUCAGAAGAAAGUACAACUGUAUUUUUCUGCCAGGGGAGAUCAACUAUUCCUUCUGAUCUGACAUGUAUAUUCUACAAAGUGAUGAUGAUGAACAUUCUGUUUUUGAUAUUAAACGGGCCUGUAUUGUGGAUUUAAGGGGGUUUGUUUAGGUAUUUAGGCAUGAUACAUGUCGGCCUGAACAAAGAUUUGGUUCCGGUCUUCCAGAUUUUACAUGUCUAGAAUAAUUAUUGGUGUAAACAUAAUUUGGUUCUAGAUUUUACAUGAAUAACAUAAUUAUUGGUGGUAGCAGAAAA